AUGAUUCGUGAGCUUUCACGGGCAAAGGUAUAUAGUAUUCGAGAUUUGGACGAGGGCUCCAUUCGAUAUCGUCGUCGUCAGCAGUUGGAAGAGGAGGCAUGGAAUCGUUUGCGUGGUACCAGUGCAGCUAUGGACCGAAGCGAUCGAAACGGUACAUCAUCAGCUACUCCCGCUGACCGUGAAGGCUCACUGGUCGCCCGAAGUCCCUGGUCAAGACCUCCUGAAGCGUCGUCGCUCAAUGCCACUCCGGUACCUGAUACUCCUGCACCCGCUCCUAAGAAGGAGGCACCUCCUGUACGGCAAGUGGAGCGUAAGCAGGCUGCGAAACCCAUUCCCUUGAAUGUUCCAAGACCAGAGCGUGCAGUGCAACCUCGAGCUGAUGAAAGUCCCGCUCCGAGAUCUCCGAAGCCGCCACCGAGUCCUGCUCCACUGAUAAGAGCAGCUGAGCCGGCGAAGGAAGAGACGGAAGAGGCCCGAAUCGCAGCGAGAAGGCCGCCACUGCCCAGACAGGCGUCGAGCAAUGACGAAUCGCUCAAUGAGAAGGUGGACGUGAUUCGAAGGGCGCAUGCAGAACGUCAAGCUGCAUCUCGAGCCGCUUCUAGCGACGAUACCACCCGCGAAGAGGAACCAAUAGCUACAGCCGCCAGUGUACCUCCAGGUGUGCCGAUUCCAGUCACACAUUUCACAGGUGAGCCUGAGAUACCCGCUUGGCUCGCCCGAAGACGUCAACGCUUUCAGCGCUCUCGAACUAACCCAGACCUUGCGUCUCAAUUCUGCUCACAACGUGUACAGCAGUUACUUCAAGAGAGAGAUUCCCGUUUAGAUAGCUCGACGAGCACCGAAGAAGAACGAAGAAACAUUCGUCGUCGCAGUGCGUCACGGGAAAUCAGUGAGUGGAGAUCGCGCGGUUGCCCUCGCGUGAUCUUUGGUCGCAAGGGUGCUAAAGAAGGCGAGCUGAAUUGGCCCAGAGGAGUUUGUGCCCUUCGAGGUGGGACUUUGGCCGUAUGCGAUUCGAGCAACCACCGGGUUUGUGUGUUUGACCGUGAAGGCAAGUUUUUGCGGCAGUUUGGCGGCUAUGGCUCCGGACGUGGCCAACUUGACUCGGCAGCUGGUAUCGCCACUUUCAAAAAUAAGCUGAUUGUAUCCGACCGAUACAAUCAUCGGGUUUGCAUCUUCGACAAUGAUGGGACGUACUUGAACUCGUUCGGUGGUCACGGACAGUCCAAUGGGAAAUUUAACAAUCCAUGGGGCGUGGCCGUCGACGAACUGGGGACGAUCUACGUCGCCGACAAGGAUAACCAUCGGGUGCAAAUGUUUGACAAAAAUGGACUGUUUGUGGGAAAAUUCGGCACGAAUGGACACGGACCAGGGCAAUUGCACAAUCCGUUAUUUAUUGCUGUGAAUAAUGCUAACCAUCAGGUCUACGUCUCUGAUUCGUCAAAUCAUCGGAUUUGUGUGUUUGAUGUCCAAGGAAUGUUCUUGUUCUCGUUCGGAACCGAAGGGUUCCAUGGUGGACAGUUUAAAUUUCCUCGCGGUGUUGCAGUGGAUUCACAGGUGUUCUCGUCGGACGGUGAAUUUAUCUGCACGUUUGGCUCGUGGGGUGGAGGCGCCGGUCAGCUGAAGGGCGUUGAAGCGCUCUGCGUGUUCGACGGAGGCAUCGUCGCCAGUGAUCGAGAGAAUCACCGUAUUCAGAUCUUCUAA